AUGGCAUCUGCAGAAAAUGAAAAGUUGCAACUGCUGUUAAACAGUGAACAUCUGUCGUUUGUCUGGAUGUUCUGCAACAAUGACACACUGCAGUGUUCGCACUGCCUGCCUGGUUGGACCGAGCACGCUUCACGCUGUUUCCUUUUGUCACAAGAUGCACAGAAAUGGGAAAAUGCUCGCAGGCACUGUCUUGACAUGGGGGGUGACUUGGCUGUUGUUUUGAGUGCUGAAGACCAGGCAUUUUUGACCAAUAUGACUUUUCAGUAUACACAGCAGCACCCCGAGGUGAACUUCCAUUCUGCUUGGAUCGGGAUGCAGGACAUGGUGAGAGAGGGCACCCACGUCUGGGUCAAUGGCAAUAGCAUUCAGCCAGAUCUUAUAUACUGGAGGCCUUCAGAGCCAAACAAUGCGAUAGCCUCUUGGGAUGUUGACAAGGCAGGACAGGACUGUGUUGCCAUUGUGCCGCCGGACGAAAUUGGUACUGAGGAUUGGUUAAACUCCUGGGAUGAUAUUGUUUGUCUCGGAGCACGACACUACAUAUGUGAAACCAAGGCUUUCAUUUUGUCCUGA